GAGCCUGACACUAACCCCAUCACCACUAGCAUCCAGUAGCUCCUGAUUUAAUGAUCACUGAUGACGAUUCUGGCAGUUUUCUUCUCCACUCGGCCACAGUAACAAUAUUAAACCCUCAAGAUGGCACCAGCGAGGGACUAAGGCUACCGUCAGGGGAAACACCCUCAAUCAACAUCACAGGCCAAGAUCACUACUCGCUGACUAUCUUCCACGAGGGGGGCAUUCCCCUCAUGGCUCUGCAAGAUGCAGUUCGUGAAGUGGAAUAUUUCAAUUCAGCCGAACAGCAGCAUGAGACCACCCGUACCAUUCAGGUGGUAGUAAGUGAUGCUCUAACUGACGAUGGAGUCCAGAGCAGUAUCCCCAUAGAAAUACUAGUGACUUUUGUGCUGGUUGAUGAUUUGCCAGAAGUGAGACUAAUGGACAAUAUUCUGAUGUAUAGUGAGGCUCAGAGCCCACAGCAGUUGGCUGUGGCCGUAGGGGCAAAUAUCAUUGAUGUUGACAGCACAGAACUGUCAAGACUAGAUGUUACACUCUUUGCUGAUGCAGCAAUAGACCUCUCAGGUGACAGACUCGAUGUAAGUCUAACUGAAUUUGAAGGAAUCAUGAUAAGCGUGCCCACAGUCAACACAACAAUUGUGUUAAUGGGUGAGGCCAGCCUUUCAGCCUACACCACUGUUCUGAGAACUCUCACCUACCAGCAUACGGAGCAAACAGGAGAUCCAGACGCUGGAGUGCGUACUAUAACAGCCACGCCAUACUCGGUAUCUGGUGACCCAGGUAUAGCAGACAGUGUGAUGGUGGCCUUCACUGCAGUCAACAAUGCUCCAGUAGUUGACUUGAAUGGGGAUAUGCCAGGGCUGAAUGGCAGCGUUGUCUUCCAGGAGGAGAGAGCAUCGCCUUUACCACUGACAGCAAUGGGGGCCGAUAUCACUGAUGUUGACAACCAAAACCUGCAAUACAUGGUAAUAGAGCUGCUCAAUAGACCAGACGGUGAACUUGAAUUUAUUUCUGUCAGCGAUACCACACCUGGCCCAGGGACAGAAUAUUUUUCGAGGAUAGAACUGAGUGGUCCAUUACCUAUAUCAGAUUUUGAGGCCACCCUGUCAAUGUUGACUUACCACAACCUGGCGGAUGAACCAGACACCGAGACCAGGAUUGUGAGUGUGGAAGUCAGCGAUGGAGAGUUGAGUGGCCGGGCACAAGUGGAGAUAGUCAUAGCACCACAGAAUGAUCCACCAUCAGUGACUCUUGGUGCUAGUGAAGUUGUUUAUGUGGAGGGUGCAGUGUCAGUGAGAAUAGCCGGCGGAGCACAAGUGACUGAUCCAGACAGCCUCAUAUUAGGCUACAGAGUGAGACCAGAGCAACAAUUUCCAGGAGAUGUGGUUUCCGGGCCAAAUCUUUCAUAUGUUCAAGGCAGCGGUGUCUACGUGGCAACAUUGAGUCCUUCACGGCCUGAAGCACUUGUGGAAAUUCUACAACAGGUGACUUUCGCUAGCACUGCUCCUGAGCCUACAACUAACGACAGAGUGUUCUGUAUAUCAGUCCAAGACAUGGAAAUGGCCUCGAGCCCCGAAGCUUGUGUCAUGGUAACAGUGCAUGUCAUCAAUGACAAUGCUCCAGAGUUUGACCAGCUGACUUACCAAGCUCAGGUGGUUGAGAAUGAACGCAAUGCCUCUGUAGCUAGUGUUAGAGCUACGGAUGCUGACUCUGCCAAUUCAGAGAUGAUACUAGAGUAUUCCAUAGUCGCAGGAGAUGAUUGUUCAUCAGGCAGUGGUAGCGGGGAAACCGGCCCUCUCCUACCAGAGACCGCAGAGUCUUGCAAGUUUCAGAUAAACCCAAUGACAGGAGAAGUGAGGACUACAUUGACUGCUCCAGACAGAGAACUAAGGGACAUAUACACACUCACAGUCUCAGUCUCUGAUGGACAGCUGAGUAGUGAAGCUGAACUAGUGGUGACAGUAACAGAUGUGAACGAUGUCGCACCUGUGUUUAUGCCCGAGACCUACGAAGUCGCCAUUCCAGUUGGGGCACCAGAAGGGUACACAGUCGCACAGCUCAGUGUAAUCGACCCAGAUUUAGACUCAGAUUUCAGCCUUAUUUUCCUAUCAAUGGAGCCCAAUAUUGGGACACGGGUGUUCAUUGUGGAUCCAGACGUACCAGGUAGAAUCAUUCUCAAUCGACCUGAGAGAGACCUGAGCCCGCUUGUGAGUCAGUAUACUCUCAUCUACGAGGCCGUCGACUCUGGCUUACAAUCAUCUCCCAACACUGCCACUGUUGUGGUGAACAUCACACAGAACCUGCAGCCCCCAGUCUUUGACAUGGACAUGUACGAAGGAAUGGUCUCAGAAAGUGCAGCAAACGGAGCAUUAGUGGUGACUGUCACAGCUACAGACAGCGACCCAGGCUAUCAUGGAAAUUUCACUUUCUCAAUUCUCGACCCCGAGGUUCCGUUCAGUAUUGAUCCUGAGAGUGGUGUGCUGAUAGUAUCUGACUCGAUUCUGAUUGAUUUUGAAGAAGUACAAAAGUAUGUGUUCUCAGUGGUAGCUACGGACACUGGAAGGCCACAGAUGUCAUCUAGUGCCAGUAUCAGAGUUGUUGUGGUGAAUGAAAACGAUAAUCCUCCCACUGUGGAUCAAGAUAUGUAUGUGGUAGAAGUAUGUGAGAGUGCACCAGUUGGGUAUGAGUUUCUUCAGCUGUUGGCUCAGGAUGCAGAUGGUAAUACGUUGAGCUACAAUAUAGUGGAAAUGGCUGGCUGCAUUGGAUGUGUAGCUGUCUCAUCCACAGGGAUACUGUCCGUUGCAAGGGAGCUAGAUUAUGAAGCAGUGAGAACUAUUUCAUUCUCAGUUAUAAUCAGCGAUUUGCACCACUUCCCAAUUGUUGAUGUUACGCUCAAUACUCUGAACGACAACGAAGCGGCUCCAGAGUUUGUAUUUGAGUCUGUGGUGAUUGAAAUACGGGAAACGGAAGCAGUCGGGAGUUUCCUUCCACUUCCAGAGUUCCCACUGGCUUAUGACGCAGAUGGCUGCGAUGUGGAUCAAUGUGAUGGUGCAGUCAUCAUCAGCAAUGACACCUGCUCUAAUGGAAGUGGGCUUGAGUAUGCAAUCAUUUCGGGUAACAGUGCAGGGAACUUUGAAAUUGACCGACUACUGGGUAUAGUCAGUGUGGCAAGGAACCUGGAUGCUGAUAUUGGUCUUCAGCAAGUGUACAACCUCACCUUGAGUGUGUCGGAUGGAAUACUCAGUGACAUAGCCUACCUGGUGAUCAUUGUUUCUGACACAAACGACAAUCUUCCACAGUUUGAAAAUAGCACGUACUCUGUGACUAUUCCUGAGGAUCUCCCUGUAGGAACAAUCAUAAUCACCACUGUAGCUACUGAUCUAGACCCAACAGAUACUCUGCACUACUCUCUGGUCCAUGAAAAUGAAAACGCUCAUUUCAACAUAACGGAAAAUGGGGAAGUUUUUGUCGUGGAACCACUAGACUUUGAAAGUAUCUCGCGCUACAGUCUCAUGGUGACAGUGACUGAUCGACCCCACACACCCAAUUCCACUCUAGUCCUGGCACCACUCACUAUCUACAUCAGUGACGUGAAUGACAACACCCCACUGUUUCUCACUCAAGAUCUUACUCUCUUCAUCUUGGAGAACUCUCCACCUGCUAUCGUGGGCAGUGUACAGGCUGUUGAUAGUGAUCCAGUCAACGCCAUUCUCCAGUACUCCAUCUUAUCUGAUGACAACGGUGGGUUUGAAAUUGACUCCCUGACAGGAGAAAUUCAAUCAACUCGACCACUUGACCGCGAAUUCCAAGAUUACUAUGAUGUAAUCGUUCAGGUGACAGACAACGGCGUUCCUACACUGUCUGCAAAUACGACGGUCAGAAUAAUAGUAGAUGAUUUGAACGAGAGUCCACCAGUAUUUUCAGACGACACUCCAUCCAGCAUCAGUGUUCCAGAGAAUGCUGACAUAGGCUCAAUAAUCCUCACUCUGACUGCCACUGACUCCGACAGCAAUGGAAUAGGGUUUAGAAUCCUAAGUGGUGAUAAUGAUACAUUCUCACUGGAGGCACCUGGUGUCGGUGUCCUGGAUGGCUCAGGGUCUGCAUUCAUGGAUUACACUCCUGAUUCCUUCCAGUCAGUGGACUUAGUGCUAAUAGGAGAACUAGAUUACGAAGGAGCGAGAGCCUACAGCCUGGUUUUGGAGGUGUUUGAUAUGCCUGACACUGAAGGGGGUACCUCCUUUUCAUCAACAGUUGAAAUACAAGUUUUUGUGGCUGACGUGAAUGAUAAUCGCCCACUAUUCUCUGAGGCUGUGUACACAGCGGAAAUUCAAGAGCUUUCUGCUACCGGCACAUUUGUAACUCAGGUUUCUGCAACCGAUUCUGACAGCGGCUCUAAUGCUGUCAUCCUCUUUGACAUUCUGCCUGGAAAUGAACUUUUCUCUAUCGACUCUGAAACUGGUAUCGUUACUGUUGACAGAUCUGAAUUAGUGGCAAUAAAUUUGAUUGGAGAGCAGUACACACUGACAGUAAUAGCUUCCAACCCUGAACCACCCUACCAUUCAUCAUCAGCUACCAUUAUCAUCCAACUAUUAGACAUCAACGACAAUGCUCCAUUCUUUCCCACUGGAGACAUUGUAUUCAGUAUAGCUGAGGACUUCACUCCCGUUGGAUUGGAGGAGAUUGGCGAUAGUGAGAUGAUGUCAUCCUCAAACAGCGGGUCAGGUAUGGAGGAAACUAACAGACUAGUAUCAACUGUUGUAGCAUUGGAUCAGGACCAAGGCAGCAACGCAGAGCUGCAGUUCUCUCUCCUCAGUGGCACCGACAGAUUCUUCAUAGACCCUGUCUCGGGAGAUCUGUUUUUAAGUGGUAUUUUAGACAGAGAGGAGCAAGAUUCCUACCUGAUCGAGGUCCGUGUCACGGAUCUUGGUAAUCCUCCACUUACCAGCACUGCAUCUGUAUUGGUGGUGGUAACAGAUAUCAACGACAAUGCACCAGUGUUCCAACAGGAGAGCUAUUCUAGCGCUGUGGCUGAGAACGAGCCUGCAUUUAUCGACGUCAUUCCUCUAUCAGCAACCGAUGCAGACAUUGACGAGAAUGCCGACAUAGUCUUUUCUGUUAUUGGAGAAAGCCCCAUUCCUUUCACAGUAGAUCAGCAGUCGGGAUAUAUUCAGACCACACAGCCACUAGACAGCGAGACUCAUAAAUCAUACAGAUUCCGGGUCGAGGCAAGAAAUGGCCACCUCUUCUCUGUAGCUGAUGUGUCAAUCGUAGUUUUAGACGUGAAUGAAUUCCCACCCGCCAUCUUCCCAGGUUUUCUCAACUUGAGUCUGCCAGAGAACACACAAACAGGCACACUAGUCCAAGUCUUCACGGUCUCUGAUGAGGAUUCUGAUACUGGUGCUGAGUCAGAUAUAUCUCUGAGACCUUCAACUAACCUUUUCUCUCUGGACAACAGUGGCCGUUUGCUGGUAGCUAGUCUCAUUGACUAUGAGGUACUGCAGAGUGUAUCGUUUACAGUGGUCGCCAGAAAUUUCGCUCCACCACAUUUUGAAGGCGCCACAGAUGUUUUUAUUUCCAUUGAAAAUGAGAACGAUAAUCCUCCUAUUGUUGGCUUUGGCGUGUCCUCUGUUUCCUAUGACGAGCUUAUUCAGCGACAGGUGAUGCUGGAUAUUGAGGUUACCAUAUUGGAUGCAGAUGGAAGAGACACCACUCGUCUAAUUGACGGUAUUAUUAAGUUUGAGAAUGCACCAAUUGAGCCGAGCUUUGCUUACGAACCACUCACAAGCGGCAAUCUUGAGCCUCAAUUCGAAUGUGAACUCGAAGUAAAUAAGCUGCUCAAGUUUUCACCUUGUAGAAUACCGGAAAUUUUCGUACUGUCUCGAUAUACACCAGAUGGCCUACAACUCCGAGGAGGACUGAGAGUAGGUGUUGAAGUAGUGGGAGACAGCAUUAUUUUUGAUGCCUCCCUCCAGCAAUAUGCUCUAUACAUAGGUGAAAUUGGUACUCUGGAAACCAACGGGCUAACUAUUUCCACGUGGAUCUGGUUUCAGCCAAGAUCUUCCUCUGGACCUCAAGCUAUUCUCUCUAAGUUUUCGUCGUCUCAGCUUCUCUAUGGCAUAUUCUGCUAUUCUGAUGGAUCCUUGGUGUUCAACUUCACCUCUGAUGGCUCAGCAGAGAGUGUGGGGUUUGCUGGAGGCUGCUCAGCUCUCGAGGGUGCCUGGCACCAUCUUGGCAUUGUGGUAGACAACACAAAGAUCCAGUGGUACCUGAAUCUCUUCAUUGAUGGAGUCACAUAUGGUUCGGUGGAAAUCCCCCGGCCAUUUGAUAGCACAGGUGGCCUUCUCCUUGGAGCAUCCAGAGACUUCCAAAACAGUCCCACAACCAACUUUUUCAAUGGCCGUGUGCACAUGCUGUUGGUCAGCCGCUCGAGCUCAACUCUGAACAAUCUAAACUGUGUCAUUGGAUGUGGGCUGGUGCUCAUCUCUACUCAACAAGACUCUCCAAUCACACACUAUUACAACUAUUCCGAACGGGCCCUUAUUGCAAUAGGCACACAGCCUGUUGCCGCUUAUGAAGAGUUUCUCAACUCACUGACUCUUGUGCUGCCAUUUACUGAACCAAGGAUCAGCCAGUACAUGCUCUCAUACACUGUCCAGGACGAAGUCUUCAACUGUCUACCAACCUUCAUUGAUAUUGUUGUCAUACCUUCCAAUGACUUCCAACCAGAGAUAAGCCUCAAUGGAACUGGUAGUAGAGACUAUUCUACAGUCUUUGUGGAGGAGAGUGGACCCAUUGCUCUUGUCAACACGGCCACCUUCUACCUCCGAGAUAUGGAUCUCAUUGAAUUUCCAUAUGUGGUCACAGCACGUAUUGUGGAUCCUCUCCAGCCAUUUACUGAGGAGAUUCUCGCAGUGCAGAAUGUCCCUGCAGGGAUGAAUAUCUCAUACACUCCCGAGCACACCCUUACUCUUACUGGCCUUCUCCCAUUGCCAAUGUUUGAGGCUGUCACACGCACUCUGACAUACGAUAACACAGCAGAUGAGCCUCUGGGGGCCUCACGCGAAAUAAUGAUCACUGUAUCAGAUCCACCGAUGCCUGACAUAUUUGCACGGAGCAUGGUCGAGUUUGUCUUUGUGAACGACCAUCCUGAGCUCUUACUGGUGUCUAGCAUCAGUGAGUACAGUGAGGGAGACACGGAAAUGGUUCUUCUUCGUUCAGCAACCAUCGAAGACAGCGACAGUCCAAACAUUUACUCAGCUAUAGUUACUUUCACUCCUCUGGACCCUGGAAUGGAGUUUCUUUCUGCCAACACUGCUAACUCAAACAUAACUGCUGUGUAUGACUUGACAACUGCCACUCUUUCUCUAACUGGAGCUGAUACACAGCAGAGAUAUGAAGACGUUCUGUUGAGGAUUGCAUAUGAGCAUACCGGAAUGGCAGCUCCUACACUUGGAACCAGGAUGUUCACGUUUGUGGUCUCAGAUGGAGAGGCUGAGAGUGUCCCAGUGUUUGUUAGUCUGUUCUUUGCUGCAGUGAAUGAUGCGCCAGUCAUCAGUCUCACUGGGUUCGCUGACUCCUCAAAUUUCACGGUCGACUUUGUGGAAGAUUCUAAUGAAAUUGUCAGUAUUGUCUCUCCCAAUGCUGUCAUAGUUGACGUUGACAAUGACAGUCUCAGCUACCUCAAACCUGACCUUACUGGAUCCAGAACAGAGCGAAAGUAUCAGUGUUUCUGUGGCUAAUGGUAUCGAUACUAUUUUAGUAAUGCCAGUGGAUGGUAAUAGUAUCACUCUGGUUCCUACCACUGGCACUAGUGCUCCACUGUCAGACUUUGUGGCUGUAUUACGUACUGCGAGGUACACCAAUGUGGCUGAAGAGCCCAGUCCAGGCACACACACUGUUCAGUUCCUAGUUAGCGAUGGAUUGGACGUCAGUCUGCCAGUAUUCACGGAGGUGAACAUUAUCCCUGUCAACGAUCGUCCCAUGCUGGAUCUGGACGUGGAUUCUCCGGGGACUGACUUUGUUGCUGGUCCAUUUGAAGAGAGAGGAGACCCUGUGAGUAUCACAGGGAGUUCCAUUAGUCUGAUGGACAAUGACAUCAUUCAGUCUGUGGAGCUCAUACAGAUUGUCAUACAGGGAGCAGUUGAUGGGUUGGAUGAGAGAAUUACAUCAAGCAAUCCCAGUUUUGGUCUCCCACUCCCUUCCAAUGGACAGUCAAUUUUCUACUUCAUUGGCGAAGAGUAUUUUAAUAACACUGACCCAAUCACUUACCUCACCUCACUACAAUACAGUAACACACGUCUGGAGCCAACACCUGGAGACAGGAUCAUCACUAUCGCUGUUUCUGAUGGAGUAGACUUCAGCAAUACCGCUCUUGUUCACUUGACUGUGGUUGGAAUCAAUGAAAACAGCCCACAAUUCACAAUGAAUACCUAUUCUUUCACGACAACUGAGAGUCUACCACCACCUGUACAACUGGGUAGUGUGACAGCUGUGGAUAUUGAUGAUGGCGUGGAUGGCUUUGUGAGGUAUGAAAUAGCUGACUCCAUACCAACUCAAGGGCUCCUUUACUUCUCUAUAAAUUCAACUAGUGGACUCAUCACUGUACUACGAGAACUUGACCGAGAGGAUAUUGAGUAUUAUGAGCUCACAGUCAGAGCACUAGAUGGUGGUGUACCCCAGAAAACAGCCAACGCCACUGUUUACAUCAUGGUAGCAGAUAUCAAUGACAACCCGCCAAUCUUCUAUCCUGACGGGGAUAACAUUGAAAUUGUGGUGCUUGAAACAGCACCAGUAGGGCAAGUAGUGGAGACAGUCCCACUGAUAGAUCCCGACAGUGGAAUUGAUGUAAUUUCCUUACAGACAGGGAAUACGGCAGCACCAUUUGAAGUUGGGAUUUUCACCCAUGAAAUCUUAGUUGGAAGUGACCUUGAUGUUGACUCGCAGACUUCUGAAGGUUGUAUCAAUGAUGGGCGGAGAUAUGAACUACCUCUAGUAGCCACAGACUCCAACCCUCCAUUCCCCUCCUCUACUGCUGUCCUCUCCAUACGUGUACUAGAUGUGAAUGACAAUGCACCGCAGUUUUUGUCUGGUUCUCAUUUUUCCGUCUCUGAAGAGAACACUGACCUGAGCCUCUUUACAGUCACUGCUACUGAUCUUGACUGCACUACCAACGGAGAAAUCACUUACUCUUUUCACAGCAGUUCAACUUACAAUCUGUUCAAUAUUUCUGGAUCCACUGGAGUUGUUUCAUCUCUAGAGCCUCUGGAUCGCGAGGAACGUGAUUUUUACAAUUUCACUGUCAUUGCUAGUGAUGGGGGGACUCCAAGAAUGUCAUCUACUGUAGACAUUACUUUGGAGGUGCUUGAUAUCAAUGACAAUGCACCUGUAUUUGGAGAAGAUUUGUAUGAGUAUGGAGUGAGGGAAGAUGAAGGGAUUGCGGUGCUAUCAGACAUUCAAGCCGUAGAUCUUGACAUUCAGGAGAAUGGGCAGGUGGCAGCUUACACUCUCGACUCAACGGGUCUGCCUCUAAAUCCAUACACUGGAUGGCCAUUCUUUGCAAUCAAUCCCCUUACUGGUGACAUCACCUUUAAUACCAGUGGUCUGGCCCCUGAGUUUGAGUUCGACUCUAGCUAUGUUCUUACAGUCUUUGCUCUGGAUGAUGGUUCUCCCAGUCUUACAGGCAGUGCAGCAGUGGUUGUCAAUGUGACUGACGUCAACGACAAUGCUCCUGUGGUAGCCACUGCUUCAAUACAAGGAGAAGUGCCAGAAAACAGUGCUGGGUAUCUGGUUGCCUCGUUCUCUGCCACUGAUACUGAUUCCGGUCAAAACAGCGAGGUUACUUUUACCCUGCAAGACACGCACGGUGUUUUCUUCAUUCAUCCAUUGACCGGAGAGCUCACUACUAUCCAGUCUCUUGAUUUUGAGGACCAGUGCUACUACAUUCUCUAUGUAGUGGCAACUGAUAGGGGACUCAGUCCACUCAGUUCUGCACCGUAUUUCUUCGAGGUCUUUGUCCAGCCAGAAGAAGACAUUCCUCCACAGUUUGGGGCCUCGCCAUUCGUAGUCUCUGUCCCUGAAAACAGUCUUCCGGGGACAUUCGUAACACGAGUCACUGCCGAGGACGGAGACCUGGAUGUGUGCCUGCUUGACAUAGUGUCUGAAUCAGGAUCUGGUACUGAGCCAGAAGGUCUCACUUACACUUUCCGUGAGUCAUCUGAGAUUUUCAUCAUCAAUGAACUGAGCGGGGAUAUUGAGCUUCUGCGACCACUGGAUUAUGAGGAUACACAGCAGUAUGUUCUGACGGUCCUAGCAACAGAUGUGGCAGGUCUUCAGGCAGAGGGGAGAGUGGUCGUUAAUGUGCUGGACAGGAAUGAUGUCGUCCCUCGAUUCCGGCAGUCAAUCUAUGAAGCUACAGUAUCCGAGAACAUGGUGGUGGGUAGCUCAGUUUUGCAAGUGAUGGCUACUGAUGAAGACAGCCUGGACCAGGGUAGACUGGUGUUCUCUCUCGACUGCUACCUCCCCCUACUUUGAUAUCAAUCCUUCUACCGGUACACUCUUCAUAAGUGGAACCAUUGACUUUGAAACUGCUGGAGAUUUUCUAAUGUUUUUUGCUAGAGUAACUGAUUCAGUCGGUAACUCUGCUACAGUUCCAGUGAACGUAUACAUAGUUGACACCAAUGACCUACCGCCAGUUAUCAACACUCAACCCGAGAGGUUCAUCUUCAUCGAGGGCCAAGUUAGUCUCCGUCCGUUCCCAGCACUAGACAUAUCUGACCCCGACAGCUUCCAGCAUAUCUGCAAUGCCUCUAUCAUCCUGUAUACACCUGAGCAGACAAUUCUUAGCCCACCAGGCCAGUGCUACUGCAGUGAUACAACUUCUGCAUCCACCUGCACUCCAGACUGCCUGGAGUUCCUGCAGCUCUCCCAGGGAUCAUUUCCAGCAAUGGCUAACCAACUUCAGGGAGGGUCUCAACUGGUGUUGGUAGGAAACUACUCUAUUGAAGAGUACGAGAUGGCUCUGGAGGGAGUUGAGUAUGUCAACAUCAUCUCUGAUCCCUCACCUCAGCCCAGAACUGUAUCACUGACUGUGUCUGACUGCCAGCUCUCCAGCAAUACUCUGGUGCAGUACAUCGACAUACAGCCACUCAAUGUCGAGGCUCCUAUACUGGAUCUCAAUGGGGACGCCCCUGGAAUCAACUUCCAAACUACUUUCCAGGAAAGAGGCGAACCAGUACCUGUUGUAUCUCAGAAUGUCUCCGUAUCAGAUGCAGAUAUGAUUCGUAUGGAGCAAGUACUCACGGGCAUCGACAUCCAACUCACCAACCCUCAAGAUGAGCAAGAAUCCAUCUACAUCACUACAUUUACCGUCGGGAUAUCAAUUAUCUCAAACUCCACCCACCUUAUGUUGUAUGGAGAGGCCAGUUUGGAUGAAUACACAAACCUCCUCAGAUCAGUCUACUACCGCAACCCUGCCCCAGAACCAAGUCCAGAGCCGAGACUUGUGGAGUUUAUAGCUCACGAGUAUUCUCUCUCCAGUCCACCAGCUUACACUGAGAUAAGAAUAUCCACCAUCAACGACUAUCCACCUUCAGUCAUUGCUGAUCCUCCACAUGUGAACUAUGGUACUAGUUUUGCAGAGGGCUCCAGUGGUGUGGGGAUCGUUGCCCCCACAGCAGUAAUCGAGGACAGGGACUCCACCAAUGACAAUGUGACUGAAAUGCAGGUCUAUAUUCUCAGACCUUCGCAAACCGAGAUGCUUUUCCUAACUGCUUCACUGCCAGAUGCGAUCACACUCGACCAGUCUACAGAGAACAGCCUGUUUUUCUCAGGCUCAGCUCCACGUCCUGCAUACGAGGCAGUUCUGAGAAGCAUACAGUACCAGAACGCGGAAGACGAGUUCUCAUACCUCUUCCCGCCAGCAGUUGUGUUCAUACAGAUCUCGGACCACUCUCUCAGUGGGUUCACUGCCAUACAGGUGCACCUGAGCCCAGUCAAUGAUCAACUACCACAGUUUACUGAAGAAAGCAUCACUUUCUCAGUCUCUGAGAAUGCCACAGUCGGAACCUCAGUCUACCAGGUCCAGUACACCGACCAGGACACUUUCUCACCCACUGAUGCCAGUUUCAGCAUUUCUGGAGGGAGCACAUUCUUUGCCAUCGCUCCCAACACUGGUGUUAUAACUCUGACUCAAUCACUAGACUAUGAGACGGUACAAGAGCUGAGAUUCACUGUGGAACUGAGAGACCUGGGUUAUGUGGGCCCCUCAGCCACCCCAAUCUCAAUUGAUGUAACUGUGAUUGUGACUGAUCAAAAUGACCAUGCCCCCAUGUUUACUCAAGAGGUUUAUAAUGCGGCAAUCAACGAAGGGGCCCCCAUUGGGAGCUCAGUGCUCCAGCUAUCAGCUAACGAUAGAGACAGCCAGAUACACUCUCUCUUGGAGUUUGCCGUGAUUAACACAACUGCAUUUGGAGUCGACUCAACUGGUGUGCUAUACACCCUCAUAGAGUUAGAUCAGGAAGCUGUGCCUUUCUACCAGUUUGUGGUGAGCGUUCGCAAUCCUGGCGACAUCGUUGCUGAUACUGCCGACGUUUUCAUCAACAUCUCUGACGUAAACGAUCACGCUCCUUUCAUCAUCCUUUCACCAACCACAGCAGUCCUACAGGAGCCAGAUACACGUACAACUCUGUCGUAUUCUCUCACUAUCACUGAUGAUGACUCAAACCCAUCUCUGGACUAUGCUGUAGUUGAAAUACUGGGAGAUGCCCCUGGGGCUCUUGUAGCUACUGCUGUACUUCCUGGAAUAUCUGUAGCUGGAGAUGGUUCUAAAUCACUGAUAUUCAUGGGGGCUAGCCAAUCACUGAGCAACUAUGAGUAUGUGUUGAGAGGAGUAGAAUAUGAGGAUACUAGUGAGGAGCCCAUGCUCUCAACACGUGAAAUUGGCUACCAAGUCGGUUCCGAACCAGGCCCUACAGUGGCUCUCAACUACACUGAAAGUGAAACUCUAUCCAACGUUGCAGUUUUCCAAGUCUCAGUCCAAGUUAUCAAUGAUCAGGUACCAGAGAUUCUACUGGACACACGUGGCUCGCCUGGACCAGUGCUGCCUGGCUGCUCUAUGCCGGGAUCCUACUCCACCUACUACACUGAAGACAGUCCUCCAGUCAUUCUCUCUGACGAUUCUCUCAGUAUACGAGACAGUGAUAGUGGAGGCACCUAUCUCCUAUGGGCCUCAGUCGAACUACUACAACCAACAGCAGAACAUUCACUCAACUAUAGCGGAGCGCUUGAAGUUAAUAGUACCAUUAGUUCUGCCACAUCACUAGUAAUCCAGGGACCAGCUACCAUUGCUGAGUUUGAAGCAGCCCUCCGUACGGUUGCCUACCGGACUAAAUCACAGAAUCCCCAGGGAGUAAAACAAGUCGAGUUUACAGUGAAUGAUGGAGUAUUCACAUCUGAGCCAGCUGUUGCAUGUGUCCAAUUGCUUCAAGUCAACGAUGCUCCAGUAAUAACUCUCGGGGCAGACGGCAGUGUGGAUAGUGUAGUAAUGUACAGAGAAGGCCAGCCAGAGGGACUGGCAGUAUCUCCUCAUCUUACCAUCACUGAUGUGGAUUCACUGUACCUAUCGUCAGCUGUGGUGGCUAUAGAAGGAGCUACAGUUGAGGGAGAGAGACUAGAGAUCAUGGCUACCCACCCAGACAUCAGAAUUCUUCAGCUCUCCCCUACACUCCUGCAUAUUUCAGCUCUCAAUGAUCAGACAAACAUCUCAACAUUUGAGUCAGUUCUGCAGACUGUCACCUACAUCUAUGCAAGCCAACUACCACUAACUCAGCCAAGGGAGAUCUCAUUUGGUGCAACGGACAACGAUGUAGAUCCUCUCCUCAGCCAAGCAGCAGUUGUGACGGUGUUUGUACAGAGUGUGGACAACCCUCCAGUACUGGACCUCAAUGGACCCAGUCAGGCUGGCAGAAACUACUCCAUCUCUUUCACCGAAGGUUCUCCAGCCAUUCAGAUUUUCUCCAAUGAGGCGACUAUCAUUGAUGUGGACAGCUUUAUUGUCUCAUCCCUGCAAAUUGCAGUAAUCUCAGAGACUGACGGCAGUGUUCUCUUCGCUCCCCCAGUCGAUGGAAUCACACAAACGUCAACUCCUGAUCCAAGUGGCAGUACGGUCAUUGUGUACAGUGGAGAGCAACCGGUGGAAGUGUAUCUGGAGGUACUGAGAUCCUUCCAAUAUGUCAAUACUGCAGAUGAGCCUCUGCCAGGCACAAACACUCUCCUGGUUCAAGUCUUCUCUCUCAACCAAACAUCGGGAGGUCCCACUGCUAGCAACAUUGCUGAAGUCACUAUCAACAUUGUCCCAGUCAAUGACAACAAUCCAGUGUUCUCACAGAGUGACUAUACGGCAAUGGUGGAUGAGGCAGCCCCCAGGGGAGAGCCUGUAGUCACAGUUCAGGCUAGUGACAGCGAUUUGUAUGGAAGUACUCGCAUCACGUACGAGUUUGAGGGAGAAAACGAAGAUUUCGAAAUCAAUGCAACCUCAGGUGUAAUUACUACUGCUCGUGAACUCAAUGCUGAAACGAUUGUGUCUUAUGUAUUGAUAGUAAUUGCUUCUGAUAAUGAUGGAGAUUUUCCCCGAAGUUCAACUGUAUCUGUGCUAAUAUCAGUGGCAGACAUCAAUGAUAACACACCGGUGUUUGGGCUCUCCCAGUACUCAGGCUCUGUGAUAGAGAAUUCUGCUGGUGGACAGACAGUGGUAACUGUUACAGCCACCGAUAAUGACAUCACUUCUACUAAUAAUGACAUCACAUUUGAAAUCGAAACCAAUGAUAUUGGCUCCGGAUCAGCAUAUUUAACCCCACUGCCACCACAACAAGCCACACCCCUUCCAUUCACCAUCGACCCUAUAGCGGGUGUGAUCAGGGUUGCUGAAUUUGCAGAGAUAGAUUUUGAGGCAGUCUCAGAGUAUUAUCUGGUAGUAGUGGCCACAGACAGUGGGGAACCUCAGCUGACGGCAUCAGUAGAGGUGGUCGUCUCUGUUCUGAACGAAAAUGAUGAGGCACCAGGGUUUUCUCAGAAUAUGUACACUGGGUCAGUAGCAGAUGAUUCUGCUGCCGAUACUUCCAUUCUUACAGUCCAGGCCUUCGAUGCUGACUCUGUCAGUAUCACAUAUUCUGUUGACAACAGUGAAUACUUGGACAUUGAUGCACUCACUGGUCUGGUGACUUUGAACAGAAUGCUUGAUUUUAUCACCACGCCAUCACUGACUGCUACAGUGUUUGCUAAUGAUACGGGGUCUCCCCCUAGGAUUGGUCAAGCCAGCAUCACGAUCGAAGUUGUCAAUGUCAACAACAACCCACCGGUAUUCUCCCAGAGUAGCUACACCUUUUCAGUGGUUGAGGGGGCAGUACUAGAAGCUGCGGUGAUUGCAGCAGAUGCAGACCAAGAUCAACUCACGUACUCAAUAGUGGAGGGAGCUGGAGGUAUCUUCACACUGGAUCCAGUUACUGGGCGACUUGGCACAUCUCCUGGAGCCUUGCUGGACUAUGAAACCCAGUCUGUAUAUCUACUCACAGCUGCAGCCAUGGAUGGUCUGUUCACUUCACAUGUAGAUAUAACAUUGUUAGUGGAGGAUGCAAAUGAUAAUGCUCCAGUCUUCACUAGGUCCCAGUACAGUGCUACCAUCCCUGAAACUCUACCUGUGGGAUCAUCUGUGGUUCAGGUCUCUGCAGAAGACUCUGACACAGGGUCUAAUGCUGAUAGUGUCUACAGUAUUCGUGACAAUGGAGGGCUCUUUACUAUAGGACCCAACACAGGGAUCAUUACCACUGCAGUAGCAAUUGACUUUGAGACCAGCAGUGGACCGUUUAUCGUUCAAGUGGUAGCUGAAAAUACGGAGUCUCCGUUUUUCAACACCAGUGCAACAGUCACCAUAAUUGUAUCUGAUACCAAUGACAAUCGUCCAGUAAUCUACCUUGAACAGCUCAGCUAUGACUACUUUGAGAAUUCACCACCACUGCCAAUUGCCUCUGGCCUCUCCAUUACUGAUGCCGACAGCAACACCCACCUUCUUACCUCGUGUGACGUCACUUUGGAUAGGGGAGAAUGCCAGCUCGACACUUCAGAGCUUCGAGACAUUUGCGGUGAUUGUGAAUACACCUGUGGAGAGGAAUUGGGUUUCAAUGAUCAGCUGAAUGUCUUGGACUCAACUGUGGAGGUGUACCCAACAGGACAAGUAUUCAGUUUCAUAGGAAAUCUCUCGGAAAUGGGCUACCAGAGUGUGCUGUCCACCCUCACUUAUGUCAAUCUGGCACCUGAACCUCUGCCCGGCGUACGAACUAUCCUCAUCCAAUGCCAUGAUACCCAUCUCCCCAGCAAUACUCUCAAUGUCUCCAUCGACCUGGUCCCUGUCAAUGACAACCCCAUUGAAAUAGUGGCUGACACACAAAGGCUGAGGUUCCAGGAGGGAGACUCUAUUCUCCUGGUAACUGGCUCAGUUUCCCUCUCUGAUAGAGACACCAGUGCCACAGUUGACUGGAUGGCAGUGUCUCUGCUUGGUUCUAGAGACCCAGAGAGGGAGAGUUUGUCCAUCACUGGUGUGGGAGAGGGCCAGGAGAUCUUAGUCAACCAGACUGGAGCACUCGCCUACUACCAGGCUUUGUUGGAGAGUGUAACCUACUCAUACACACUGGCAGAAAAUGAGGAGCCAAUUGAAGGAGAGAGACUCGUCAACAUUACAGUAUCAGACGGAGUCUUUGAAUCUUCUGCUGUCAUUCCUAUUGAUGUGGUGGCUCUCAACAAUCACCCACCACAGAUUACAUUUUCUGGGACCUCCAACAUCACGUUCACAGAGGGAGAGACUGAGGCAAUAACACUGGGCUCUCUCCUUGCUCCAGUCGUCAGCGAUCCUGACAACAACGCUCUGUUCUUCAUGCAGAGUGCAGCGGUGCAGCUGCUCCAUGCCACUGAUGGAGAAUUUGAGGAACUCAAUUUUGACACUGACACAGUGGCCACUCUUGGAAUCUCAGUCAACCGUACCCACCACAUGCUGACAUUCAGUGGCAGUGCCAGUGUGUCCUCCUACCAGCAGGCCCUCUCGACACUCACCUAUCUCAACUCUGCCCCUGAACCACUCCCUGGAACAAGGCUCCUUUCAUUCACUGUAUUUGACGGUCUCUUCCACAGCUCCCCUGCCACUGCUACCCUCUCACUCUCCCUGAUCAAUGACAACAUCCUCAGCCUAGUCUGUGGGAGAGAGACAGUGGUUUUCCAGGAGGGAUCUCUUCUCCCAGUUCCCCUCACCAGCCAGCUCACUGUGGUUGAUUUGGACCACGAUCACAUGAUCCACAGGGGGUUUGUGAAUAUUCAGAACCCUCAGGAGGGGGACCAACUUUUCCUCGAUGCGACUGUGACCCCUCAACUUCAAAUCUCUGUCCUCGGUGACAGCAGUUUCGAGAUUACAGGAACUGCCUCUGACUACUAUUACCAGGAGCUUCUAAGGACGCUGAUGUAUGUCUCCAAUGCAGAAGAGCCGUCUCUUUCUCCUCGCCUUCUGUCAAUCUCUCUCACCAGCCUUUCUGAAACACAAACCUGCUCUUUCGCCAUUGCUAUCUCCCCAAUUAACGACCACCAUCCCCAUAUAGACCUCAGUGGGCCCGACUCACCCACAGUCAAUUAUUCCAUGUCUCUCAACUUUAGCAUCUUCACUGUGAACAGAGCUGCCGUGGCUAGCAAUGAUGUCAUCAUUAGCGAUGGUGAUAUUGAUGCAGUUGCGGAGAGUGUGAGGGUGGAUCUGGUGACAGGAGGAGAAGGUGACAGGCUACGACUCAGCGAAACCAUCUGCUCUUAUUCUAACUCCAAUACUUGUCAUCUUAGAUACAACCUGGCGGAAGACUCUAACUGUGUGUGUGGCAGUUCCCUCGGGUUCUCUAAUGAGCCUGACGCAUUCACCCUUUUCCUCACACCUUCAAUGAUCCUCUUCCAACAAUCGGGGUCGUACUAUACCGCCUCAGAUUUCCAAGAUCUAGUCCAGAACGUCUUCCUUGAGGCCGGGCCUCCUAGCCCAGAGACCAGCUAUAAAUCUGUGGUAAUGGUGACUGUGAAUGAUGGAGAACUAGACAACCAACCGCCUGCCUUCACCACCAUUCAAGUUAACGUCAUGAACGAAGCACCACGUGUACUACUGGGCAACGAACAGUCCCUCUCUGCUGAAAUAGUAAUGGAAGAUGGAACCCCAGUCGUGGCUCUGUCCACCUUCCACACCAUUCUCGACAACUCUCCACUCAUCACAAAACUCACCGUCACACUUACCAACCCUCAAGACCCCGCCUCCUCAGAAAACAUUUCUCUUUUGACCGACCUCGGCCUGCCAGACGAGAUAUCACUCCUGAUUUCCGACAACAGGACUGUACUAGAACUGAGCGGUGCAGCUUCUGCAGAAAUCUACAGCUCGGCCUUGUCUAGUGUGGUCUAUCAGAACUCCAAGCUGGCCAAUAUCAUUGAGAAUCAACCAGACCUCACACCAAGGGUAAUAAGUCUUGUGGCUGUGGAUGAGGAAGGUGUCCAGGGACCAGAGUCAACAAUCACAGUCAGAUUCGACCGGACUUGCAGAGUUAUGACAGAGUCGGGUAUCCUAACUCUAGCCACCCAGGAAGAUGUGGACCGACUGGCUGUUUGUACUAGCCUCUGGAACACACGAGUCGACAUU